AGAGGCAAUUUUCAUUAGAGAAAAAGAAAAAAAUUCAGAAAAAAAUAGAAGAGAGAUAAAGUUUUUAAAAAAAUGGUGGAGAAUCUACUGCAAAUCUUCUAUUUGGAAUCAGCUUUGUUCUCUGAUGGGUUCUGCUUUUGAUUUUGAUUCGGUUGACGUUUCAUUCGACGGAAAUGGUGGAGAUUUUGUCGAGUCCUUAUCAGUACUAUGAGCUAGGGUUUGCGACUAUAGGGUUUUGUUGAUGCUGUUUCAGUCGAAUUCGUGUGGAUCUGAGGAGAUUGAUGGAGUAACUGAGGAGUUUUGAGCUGGAGAGGGAUGAGAGUCAUGGAGCGAGCGAUUGUAACUUCGGUUCUACUGUGGUUGCUCUUGUUUUUUCAUCCGUUGACGAAGAUCUGUGCCAAUACGGAAGGUGAUGCUUUGCAUGCCCUACGAACAAAUUUAGAAGAUCCUAAUAAUGUCCUGCAGAGUUGGGAUCCAACCCUUGUCAACCCUUGCACAUGGUUUCAUGUUACAUGCAACAAUGAUAACAGCGUUAUCAGAGUUGAUCUAGGGAAUGCAGAAUUGUCUGGUCAACUUGUCCCACAACUUGGUCAACUUAAAAAUCUGCAGUACUUGGAGCUUUAUAGUAAUAACAUCACUGGAAUUAUUCCGGUGGACCUUGGAAAUCUUACAAAUUUGGUGAGCUUGGAUCUUUAUUUGAACGGCUUCUCUGGUUCCAUUCCAGACACCUUGGGGAAGCUGACAAAGCUGCGGUUCCUCCGGCUUAACAACAACACCUUGACGGGUGAAAUUCCAAUGUCCUUGACUAAUAUCACCGCACUGCAAGUUCUGGAUCUGUCUAAUAACCAUCUACAAGGAGUUGUACCAGACAAUGGCUCCUUUUCAUUGUUCACUCCCAUCAGUUUUACUAAUAACUUAAAUCUGUGUGGCCCGGUUACUGGGCAUCCUUGCCCAGGAUCUCCUCCCUUUUCUCCACCCCCUCCAUUUGUCCCACCACCCGCUGCCCAGUCUGCAGGAAAUACUGCCACUGGAGCGAUUGCUGGUGGAGUGGCUGCUGGUGCUGCUUUAUUGUUUGCUGCUCCAGCUAUUGGGUUUGCAUGGUGGCGUCGACGGAAACCACAAGAACAUUUCUUUGAUGUUCCUGCCGAAGAGGAUCCAGAAGUUCAUCUGGGCCAGCUGAAAAGAUUUUCUCUGCGAGAACUACAGGUUGCUACUGAUAGCUUUAGCAACAAAAACAUUCUGGGUAGAGGAGGAUUUGGUAAGGUGUACAAAGGACGCCUGGCAGAUGGUUCAUUGGUUGCUGUAAAACGUCUAAAAGAAGAGCGGACACCAGGAGGAGAGAUGCAGUUUCAGACAGAGGUAGAGAUGAUCAGCAUGGCUGUGCAUCGGAAUUUGCUUCGUCUCCGAGGUUUUUGCAUGACACCAACAGAACGCUUGCUUGUUUAUCCUUAUAUGGCUAAUGGAAGUGUUGCGUCAUGUUUGAGAGAUCGUCCAGCAGCAGAUCCACCUCUUGAAUGGCCUACUCGAAAACGGAUUGCUUUGGGAUCGGCUAGGGGGCUUUCCUAUUUACAUGAUCAUUGUGACCCAAAGAUCAUUCACCGUGAUGUAAAAGCUGCAAAUAUUUUGUUGGAUGAAGAGUUUGAGGCUGUUGUUGGAGAUUUUGGGUUGGCUAAACUUAUGGACUACAAAGAUACUCAUGUAACUACUGCUGUACGUGGCACAAUUGGACAUAUAGCCCCAGAAUAUCUUUCCACUGGGAAAUCUUCAGAGAAAACCGAUGUUUUUGGGUAUGGGAUCAUGCUUCUUGAGCUUAUAACUGGACAGAGGGCAUUUGAUCUUGCUAGGCUUGCAAAUGAUGAUGAUGUCAUGUUGCUGGAUUGGGUAAAAGGACUUCUCAAAGAGAAGAAGUUGGAAAUGCUGGUUGAUCCUGAUCUGCAAAACAAUUAUGUUGAAGCAGAAGUAGAGCAGCUAAUCCAGGUUGCUUUGCUUUGCACACAAGGCUCUCCAAUGGAGCGGCCUAAGAUGUCAGAUGUUGUGAGAAUGCUUGAAGGUGAUGGGUUGGCAGAGAGGUGGGAAGAGUGGCAGAAGGUGGAGGUGGUCCGUCAGGAGGUUGAGCUUGCCCCUCGGAACGAUUGGAUUGUCGACUCUACUGACAACCUGCAUGCUGUUGAAUUAUCUGGUCCAAGAUGAUCUGUAAUGGCUUAAAAAAAAAAAGUAAAAAAGCAAUCCUUUUACCCACUCUAUAUAUAUUUUUUCUACCCCUUCUUUUACUGAGCCUAUUUUAGUGUAUUCAAGAGUGAAAAUUCAGUCAUAUUUGUGCAUAGGAAUCUUAGUGGGGGGCGUAUUGUAUCAUCUGCUACAGCCAUUUCUUAAUGAUCAUGAUGUAAUGUUUAAAAGA